CAUAGGUAAAUGGUCUCAUUAUAUACUUUUCCAUAAGUUAUUUGGGCCAUCUAUUUUCAAGAUUUCAAGUAUAUACGGCUCUGCUCAAUUUGUACAACAUUAAAAUUUUAAAUUUUAUGGUUGUGGAUAAGAAUAGAUUUUUCAAAUCAUCAUAGGGUUUUUGAAGCCAGAACUAUGCCUCCAAAAAAACUUUAGAGGUGUGCCUACUUCUAUAGCACAAGGAAGUCAGCUUAUACAAACCUCCCAUGUAAACUAAUGGGAUUACAUAUGGCAUCGUAUAGUAUGAGACCAUUUAUCUUUAUCAUAAAGAAGUCACAAUUAUUUGUAGUCUUUAGAUGUCAAAAUGGAUGAAUUGAGGUGUGUCAUGAAGUUCAACAUAUUCUUUUAUAAACUGAGUCUAGUUAAUAACACUCUUACAAUCACUUGAUUUGAAAUCUAACAGACGAGUAAUUGUGACUUGAUUUUAACUAAGUAAAUGAUCUCCCUUGUAUACAUUUCCAUCAUGCACAAUGAAACCAUAAAUGAACCUCAAAGACACCAACUUCAAACACGGUCAAAUAGUACCUUCUCACCUGAUUUCACAUUUGAAUGGUUGGAGGUAAUUGUGAUAAAUAAGUUCCGGACUCUCAGUAUAUCAAUAUCAGUAAAAGUUCAUGUUUUCAAACUCAUCGAGCCAUGGGUCUGUUCAAAAUCUAUGAGUAGGCAAUUCUGGUCCGGGAAAUUCUUGAACCGCACUGUUCUCCUUAUUUAUUAUUUUCUAGUAUUUUAAAACCCAAUUCAGUGGGAUAGAUCAUUCACCCAUAGAUCCGUGUCAGAUUGUUGGAUCGAUGAUCUAUAUUGAAAAUCGACGGGUUUUCAAACAUCUAUUACUUAUUAAGCUAAUGGGUAGGCUAAUGGAAUCAGGAACCUUCGGAGUCGAACUAUUUGAUACAUAAUUGUGGGGGAGGGGACCCAUUUUUUUAAUCACAUGUAUGAAUGCAAAAAUGGAUAGCGAACGUCGUGCGGGUAUGUCAAGGAAACGUGCGAGUGCUCGUCACGACUCACCCACAGUGAAGCAACCAACCAGCCUAUAAAAACCGAAUGUUCUUAUCGUUGCUAGCAAAGGGAACGGUGGUCAGGCGACUGUCUCAUAGAAAAUGUGGUGCGCUAUUUGCGCUGUGGUGGUCCUUCUUGUGGUCUUGGCGGAGGCAAAGCAUGCAACGGCGAUGGCGCCUCAGGAGGGCCUCCUGUCCUUUGACUACUACGUUAAGAGCUGUCCUCAGGUGGAGUCCAUAAUCCACAACAAGGUCGCGGCGUGGAUCAACAAGGACUACACUCUUGCCGCUAGCCUCAUCAGGUUGCACUUUCACGACUGCAUUCUCAGGGGCUGCGAUGCGUCCAUUUUGCUGAACCACGCGGGGAGUGAGCGUCAAGCCCAGGCGAGCGCCACAUUACGUGGCUUCAAUGUGAUCGACGACAUUAAAGCAGCCGUUGAGAAGCAGUGCCCCAAAACUGUGUCUUGCUCCGACAUACUCACUGCUGCUGCACGAGACGCAACGCUCAAGAUUGGAGGUCCAUUCUGGGCGGUUCCGUUUGGAAGGAAAGAUGGAGUGGUGUCCAUUGCCAAGGAAACGAAUGUGGUUCCAGGCGGCCACGAGAAUAUCACGUCGCUCAUCGAGCUUUUCCAGUCAAGAGGUCUCAAUGUCCUCGAUCUCGUCGUUCUCUCUGGUGCACACACAAUCGGAAGGUGCAAGUGUGGUUCAGUACAAAACAGACUCUAUAACUUCAACCGAACUGUCAAGCCCGACCCGACCCUAUCCGUGAGUUACCGGAACUACUUGAAGAGGAAAUGCAGGUGGGCCUCAGAGGAGGUUGAGCUUGAUGCCAUCACCCCAACAAAGUUCGACUCCGUCUACUACAUGAACCUCCAAAAGAAGAUGGGACUUCUCUCUACUGAUCAGUUGCUCCAGUCUGACUCAAGAACUGCACCCAUUGUUGUGGCCCUUGGAACGCAGUCAGGGCUCUUCUUCCAGCAAUUUGCUGUGUCCAUGGUGAACCUUGGCAACACCCAAGUGCUCACUGGGCCUCAUGAAGGCCAGAUCAGAACUAAUUGCAAUUUUGUCAACCGUUAAAAAUUCUUCUUGUUUGUACAUGCAGUUUCUCCUUCUCAAAGAGAAAUUGCAAUGGAACAAGGUUUACAUCUUCAAAUUUGUUUUCUUUAUAGUUUUUCUUCUUGGUUUAGGGGAAGUAUUGAUUGAAAGACUGUGCAUUAUGUUGAGAGGAACAAUAAUUCAUGAUUUAUAGAAUAAACCACAAUGGAACGCAUGGUUACUUUCGAUGCCAAAUGGAGAUAAAGU